AUGGUUUAUAGAAUGAAUUCAAACGAUCAACCAGGAGCAGAAGCUGUGGUCUCCAACGAUUCAUUCAACCCUGGAGUCAAACAAUCAUGCGAUUCGGUCGCUGUCUCGGCGCAAGAUAGUACCAAAAACGAGGCAUGCGAGUUUAACCCAGAUGGCACUCCAGUACAGACUGUACCAGAGGAUACCAAGAAACGUGCCAAGAGAGACGAAGAUACCCCAAGACCUUAUCUAGUCACCACAGUGGACGGCAUAACUCAAGCUCAGUACGAGGAAUUUGCCAAGAAGCCACCACUUGGUGACAAGCAGGGUGACAUAAUCGCCUUCGACGAAGUCGAGUGGGUCUCGUGCCAAUACCUGAACCUCACCGACGCCGAAGCCGCUAUCGUUCGUCAAGACCCUAUCAUAGCAUGGGCCGAGCCGAUGUCUGAAGAGGAUGGCGAGGCGCUCGUCAUCCCUAAUCACGGUGGUACGAAUUCACUAUAUACCAGGGCCACCUUGCCUCAAUCACUCAGCCAGAGAGAUGAUAGUGCGGCUCAUCUCAGAUUGCUUUCUGCAAGGAACCAGAAGAACGAUCCGGCACAGCUUCCGAACUAUGUCUUUGAGCCUUCUCUUGGGCAAGGCCAAACAAUCUACGUCCUUGAUACUGGUUAUCGUAAGAGUCAUCAGGAAUUCGAUGCCUCUGAGCGCGAGGUUCGGGACUUUGUCGUGCCCAAUCGACACACACUCGCUCUCGGCUCACUCAGCGAUGAGCAAAAAGGACCAGAAGAUAUGGCCGAUAUCAAUGGUCACGGUACUAUGGUCGCAAGUAUUGCGGCUGGAUACGUCAGUGGUGUGGCUUCCAAGGCCAACCUUGUUGUCGUGAAGAUGAGGAACUCGGCUAAGAACCCUCAGAACCCAGAAAGUGACAAGCUCAUACCACGUGGGGUUACGGACUCGGCACUAGAAUUUGCUCUGAGCUGGACCUUCAAAGACAUCGAACAACAAAGACGCCAGAAUACUGACCCUAAUGCGAAGUAUAUAAUCAACCUAUCUUAUGGCUGGAUUAAAGAGAGUGCCCAAGGUAAAAUCAACACCAUGGAGCGUGCACUUAGGAAAUGCAAGGACAAAGACAUCACGCUUGUUGUCGCCGCAGGCAACGACGGAGCAAUUCGCACUCUAGACACCCUCACUCCGCAAGCGUUUGGCACCGAUGAUAGAUUCAGCAUGAUCACCGUCGGCGGUGUAGACCAAGCUGGUAAAUACUACAGGGACACAAUUCAAGGCAACGGCCAAGGUGGUCAAGUGGACAUAUACGCGGAUGCAGUCAAUGUCGUCGCUGCAAAGCAUGAUGGAGAAGAUGACUCCACCACACCAGCGACCGGGACAUCCGCUGCGGCCCCAGCCAUAGCCGGACUCGCUGCAUACUUCUUCAGUAUCCCUGAACUACGCAGCAACUGGCACGACGGCAGUGUACCAGCAGACAUGAAGGCGUUCAUAUUGAAGAAUGCCGAAAUCAGGAACGACGACCCGUUCAACGGCGAUGAGUACGAGAACUCGCCAAAGCCUGAAAAAGAUAGUCUCAAGGUGCCAUACAACCUGGCGCUUAACCAACUUUGUGAUCUUCCGGAUACAAACGCGAAGCGCUCUCUCUUCACUAAGAGGGCACCAACUCCCGAGCAGUCUGUUCCAGGCCGCCCGAUCGUCGAGAAUGGCGCGGUCACUAACGAGGAUCUGAAGAAUGAAAUCUGCAACGUUCACAACCGCCCGGCCGAGUCAGAACCAGAACAACCAGAACAGCCAGACUCUCCACCCCCACCUCCACCGAACACAGCAUCAUGCAAAGUCCUCGAACAGGGUUUGGGUGGUGGUAAAUGGGAGGUCACUGGAUCUGGCUGGGGUGACGAAGCCUCACUCAAGGAGAAAUUUGGUGAUGACUCGUUCAGCUUCACUAGAGGUGACACGUUCACUGCGACAUUUUUGAGUGGCAUGAGUGUGGGAGAUAUCGAGAAUGCUGUGAGAGAGAUGUCGGGUCUUGGUGACGUGACAUGCUCAACCUAA